AUGGACCCGAGGAAACUGAAGGGCUUCCACGUGGAGAUCGAGGCUGUUGCGCUGUGCAUGUAUUGCGGCGACGUCAACGAUGGCGCGUCGCAAAUGCUGACCUGCCAGGGGUGUGGACUGUUUGUGUGCUCCGGCGGUCCUGACUGUUGUGUGGAGGAGACCCCCGGUGCCCCACUCAAUAGCCAUGAUUUCCAUUGCCCGCAAUGCAGUCACUACAUGCACCGGCCAAUCACGUACCACCUCCGCGCCCACGCUGCGCAAUGGUCAGUUUACGCUCAAGGGAUGUACCCCAUCCUGCUCUACACCGCGCACGAGCCGCGUCUGCCGUACCUCACAACUCUCCUCGGGGCUCAAUUCGAGCAGGAUUAUGCUCUUUGCCCCGGUAAACUCCACUCUGCUUCGCUCACGCUAGCGCAGAAGGGAUGGGAUGACCUCGACAACAUCAUCGGUGCAGCCCGGGAGUGGAAGCUCCGUGGACCGAAAAAUGAGCUUUCCGUCCUUGCUGCGGUGGAGUGCCACAGCGACCCCGAGAGCGGUGGUAUUACCUACCGACGCAAUCAGAACGGCAGGUCGUUUGUGAACACGGUCACGACAGUCGUCGAGCUCAUGUUCGGCGCGCUGUGGCGUGACCUGCCGGUCAUCAAAGGCCACCGUGGCCUGGUGCUCAUGUCCUGCGGGUACAUGAUCACCAACCCUGCCUGCGAAAAGGAGAUCUGCACGCUGGUGACGCGUGGGUACUUCACAUUCAUCAUCGGAUUCCCAACCACGACCCUCAUCCCGCAGCAUGCUGCACUCUCCGUGACCCGUUUCCUCCAGAAGAUCAUGGUCCGCGGCAUUGCUAUCGAGGACGCGCUGCAGCAGGCGUGCUUUGUCGACGCCGACUUCAUGGCCACGACCGGGCUACACCUCACCUAUCGUACAACGGCCAGCACCAUCAAGCAGGUGGCCUACGGCGCGGCAACAUUGGAGGCGCCAUGGGGCGCGCGUCUCAACUGCCCGAAUCCAGCAUGCAAGGGUUCGCCCUUGAACGUGCGUCCCCGAGUCCACAAGAAGCACGAGUUCGGCACGCUGGUGAAGUUCAGGUGCUGGACCUGCAUGAUGGAGACCCGGGACUACGUCCACCGGCCUCCCUGGGUUGUUGCCGCCGAUGCGAAGCACCGAAUCGUUGAGUAUCCGAUGGUCGUCGAUGGGACACCGGUGGCCGAUGCCCUUGUUGGCCGGUAUGAAAUUGUGCCGUGGACGCCGCAGGAUUCGCAGAGGGAGCACGAGGCCAUGGACACUACUUAG